UAUGAUGUAAAAAAAAAAAUCUUGAGCACAAACUUGAAACUGAAUAAAACACGAAAAAAGUAAAACUAAAAGGCUCGGCAAAGUUCACAUUUUGAGGAAAAAUCUUCAAAGCGAAGAUAAAAUUUUAAAAGGGGGAGAGAGAGAGAUUAGGUUUUUUUAACAGAGAUUAUUAAGCAGUUUAUGCACAAUUAAAUGGCAGGUAAUUCUAGUGCUCAUGGAUUAUCUCUUUCACAGCUGAUUAAAGCAACGUCUGCGAAGUAUCUCAUAAAUAUACUUAAAUCGGUUGGAUUUAAAAAAGAUCUGGUUAUAGAUAAUGAUUUAAUUGGGCCAUUAGACCACAUUGCUGGUGUUACAGUUUUAAGGGAGCAUGGAGUGGACAAGAUUUACAAACUGGACUUUGGUCUCUCUCCUGGUCAGAACAACAAGUGUCUCUACCUUAUCAGACCGUGCAUGGUAUCAACCAAACAGGUUGCCGACCACAUCAGUGCAGCUCGACAACAGAAUAAGGACGUCACUUUCUGGAUUGUCUUUGUACCCAGGAAACUGCACGUGUGUGAACUGAUUCUCGAACAAGAAGGUGUUUAUGAUGAAGCCACUCUGUUGGAGUAUCCGUUAGGCCUAAUACCACUGGAUAAUGAUAUCUUUUCCUUGGAGGUUUCAGAUUUUUUUUCAUCAUUUUACCUUAAUGGAGACCAAGGUUGGAUACACACUAUCGCCUCUUCCUUAGUGCAGUUGCAGAGAUUGUUUGGUCCGAUCCACUCUCGUUUUGGCCAAGGGCGCUGUGCUAAGGUUCACAGGGAAAUACGAAACAGACAUAUGUCUCACGUAUUUGCACAUUUGAAGGAAACAGCAAACCAAAUUCAGACACGAUACAAUAAAAGACAUGGGAUGAGUUUAGGUGAUAUGAAGAAUUUUGUAAAAAAUGAACUUCAGGAACUUCAGCAGCAGCACAAGUCUUUAGGACUAC